AUGAGGUCCGGUGAGCUCGUCUCUGCCUUGGUCAGCAAGCAAGUCUCACAAUGGGUAAGAGCGGCGAGUUCGACGAGUCGGACCGCAGACCCUGCAAUUCACUCGGAAGACCCUGAAGGAAUAGACGCAGAAGUGGUUGGGAGGGCUGUCGCCGCUGAAAAAGAAGAAAAACAAAGACAGCUAGAAGAAAAAAGCAGAGAGGUAAAGGAAGAAAACGCACCAUUUUCGUCGGGAAAGUUACCUUACUUGCCGUCGCAGCCUAAGUUGGAGAGUACAGGUGUAAAGCCUCCUCUGGAACCCAUAAUCCAACAGAAGCGGCGCUCCCAUGCUACCUCUUCUCAGGAUGUAAGCUGUGUGGGUGUGGAUGGUUCGCCAGCUUUGCCGACAGGGGGUGAUGAUGGUGAUGGAGAAGAUGAAUUGGCCAAUUAUUACAAGCAUCACAAACCAUCUCCGUUGUCGGAAGUUGAAUUUGUCGAUACAAGGAAGCCCAUCACUCGGGCCACCGAUGGGACCGCUGACUCGGUUGAGUACGGCGGUGAACCGGAUGUUAUUGGGUGGAGAGAGGAGCAGCUGGAUACAGCCGAGGAAGCUCUCCAGAGAGCUGUUAGGAUGUGGAGGGAGAAUGCCAUGAGAGGCGAUCCAGAUUCUCCACAGUCCAGGGCUCUCCGAGCUAUGCUGGGUGAACUCAACUAAGAAAACACCAAAUACUAACU